AUGGACUAUCUUCGGCCCAUCAAUACACGGGUAGAGACGGCUCGACUUUUAUGUGGAUCUAUCAUGCGUCUUUGCCUGUGUUCGUUCUCGCACUAUGUGGGCUGUGGUUUGUUUUCAAGGUACGUGCUUCGCAGGGAAGGUUCUCUCGCGAUGUGGGAACGAGAAUCUGUGCCGUACGUGGCAUCCCUAGGGAUGGAAAUAGGCGUUUCGGCCAUGAUCUGCCCCGUGCGCUAUCUUGCUGCCGUGACAACACCACGCUUUAUUUUGGACUACACCAUGACCGGGUGGUCGGAUACGCUUUCUCUGCUGGACCGAUUUUCACCCGCCAACUUUGCCGCCUACGCCAUGUAUGCCUUUUCAUCGGACUCGGACUGGAACCUGGACUUUUUUGCAUGGCAGGCGCCGUCGGUUGUCCUCACACUUGUGAAACUGUACUACCGGAGAAGAAAACUGGGCAGCAAAAGUUGCCGCACGAAACGCGUCCUCGCAAUGAUUCCUUUUCAGAUGUUUUUACGGGCGUACAUCGCCGGGUUCUCUGUGAUGAUUCCCGAGAACUCCGCUGAGGCGGUGUCGGCUGUUGUGGUUACGGUGGUGGAAUCGAUGGUUACAUCAUAUCUGGCACGGCACACUUGGCCAUUUGCCAACAUGACAGAUUCUCCGCAAACGGGAUCUUCAAAGAGUUCCGAUAACUGCGAAGUUUACAGUGACGAUGCCCAUCCGAAUAAAACCGUUGCUCCUUGA